AUGCCCGGAUGCCCUGGUGCCCGGGUGCCCGGGUCCCUGGUUGCCCGGGUGCCCAGAUGCCCGGGUGCCCGGAUGCCCGGCAACCGUGCCCGGGUGCCCGGGUGCCCGGGCGCCCGGGAGCAGAAGGGCGACGCCGAGGAGAAAUCCAAGAACGGGCACGCCGUCGAGCCGGAGAGGCCCAAGAAGAAGAGGAAAAAGGACGGAACCGGAGAAGAGGUACGAGUGGGUCGAGGUCGUGAAGAAGAAGAGGCGGACGAAGCGCACCGACCUGGAGGUGACCGUGGGGGGCCGGCCUGGGCUCAGCGACGCGGUGAUCCAGAAGAAAAUGGACGAGGAGACAGCCAUGCAGGCGGACAUGAAAGAGAUCAUCGAGACCGACGAGAAGCGGAACGACUUGGA